AAAAGAGUAAAACAAUGAUAUAGUUUGAUUUAUUUGAAGUUGACUCAAAUGCUUCAAUAGCAUGAAAGGUUGAAUGAGUUGUCAGAGAACUAGGAAAAGGUAGAACCUGUUCAAAAAGAUAGUUCGUAUCUUCGUGUAACAGGUUUGUUAAAGGCAGCUUAUUAACCAGCUCUGACUCGCGCGUCAUAUUUUUCGGGAUGUAAACCUAGCCAGCCGUAGUAGUAUUCACGCACGAGGUUAAAAUGUCAAAAGGUGAUUUUCAACUCGCUGUUGACGUUUCAUACAUAAUUAACUUUUUAAACAUAUAACGUGUUUCAAGCUGUUCACUGCUUCGAUGGAUACUCGGCCAACAUGUAGGAUAGAUAAAUACAUCAGUUUGAGGUAAUCUUCUUUUAAGUUACAAACAUAACGUUAUUACUGCAAAAAUGAAAACAAUAACAAACAUAUAUUUGCUGGUGUUUUUGAUGUCGAUGGUGACAUUUAUAAAGGAGUUUAUAACCGGACUGACCAGCAUCAGCAUACCGGCCAUAGAGAGGCAGUUUACCAUGUCCAGUCAGCGAACAGCGCUCAUUCCGGCCUCCAAUGAAAUAGCGGCCACGGUGCUGGUAUUACUAGUGGUGUUUAUAGGAAGUCACGUGAACAGGGCCCGGUGUCUUGCUGUAGGGACCUUUAUAAUGGCGAUAGGGUGUGUUCUAUACAUUGUGCCGCAUUGGCUGGAUAUAUACACGUUGUCAGAUGUCACGGUGGAAAGCACAUCUCACAGUUUAUGUCACUCGGGGAAUGCAACAUACGGCGGCUCAUGUGGUGGGCGUGAAAACUCGCUCAUCCUAGGCUUGUUUAUUGUCGCCCAGAUGGUAGUAGGGGUUGGGUUCAUCCCGCUGUUGACGUUGGGACAUUCGUACAUAUACGACAAUGCCGAUCCCAAGAAAACGCCCAUUUUCAUUGGGAUAAUAUUUGCGGGAUCAAAUAUUGGCCAGGCGUGUGGCUUUUUCAUUGCCGGGGCUAUAACACAGAAUGUGUAUGUGGACUUUGAUCGGCAGGGUGAUACUAACAACACCACGGGCCUGUCUAGCGUCCACUGGGUCGGUGCCUGGUGGCUUGGAUUCGUACCAGCGGCCCUUAUGGCAGUCUGUGUUGCUGUCCCGCUCAGCUUUUAUCCAGGACAACUCAAAGGACAAGGAAACCAUGAACAGGUGGAGUACAGUACCGGAAACAACCAGAAUGCUUCCAAAACCAGACACAUGUGUCAAGCCGUCGUGGACUUCCUCAGAACAGGCCUCAAACUUUCCAAACACCCUGUGUACAUGUUCGUAUCACUGGGCGUGUGUGCUACGUAUAUGGUACUAUUUGGACUAAUUCCUUACAUUUUCAAGUACAUUAUCACCAUAUACAACGUGUCCUUGGUUUCGACAGGAAUAUAUUUAGGAAUCAAUAUAUUGUUGGGAGCGGUUGGCGUCAUUCUAAGUGGUGUUCUUAUCCGGUGUCUGAACCUGGAGGUGGUAGGAAUGCUGAGGAUGAAUGCCAUGGUCGCCACGGUGACCGCAGCUAUGGGUCUCGCGUUCCUGGCUAGCUGUCCGAACGUGGUGCUAGCCGGUGAAGACCUAAGUGGUUCAUGGAAAGUCUCUCAGCUGAAUACCACUUGGCCCUGUAACCGUCCGUGUCACUGUGGUACACUCGAGUUCUCACCCGUGUGCGGAGCAGACGGCUACGUGUACACGUCCCCUUGUGUUGCCGGGUGCAUGAACAUCAAUACAAAGGACGACAAGAAUUCAUACGGGGACUGCAGUUGUAUUACCGCACUCAGUAGAAAUGAAAGUUUACAUGGGGCUAUGGAAGGUUUUUGCGACAGUGGUUGCCAGAACUUCUGGAUCUUUGCCCCAGUCCUGGUUUUGAUGGUGAUCGUUUUGCUUAUGGUGCAAACACCAUCCACACUUGCAAUUCUAGCGUCCGUGGAAGAAAAAUCAAGGAAUCUAUCGCUCGGUGUCAGGAAGAUCAUGAUUCAGGUGCUUGGCCUUAUCCCUGGACCAAUCAUAAUGGGCACCAUCUUUGAUUCUUCCUGUCGGUUAUGGAAUGAAACCAACUGCCAGUCAUCGGAUGGCGAAUGCUUGAUUUAUGAUAACAGAAAGCUGUCGGUCCGCGUCGGAAUUUAUGUGAUUUCUUUCUCGGCAUUAAGCGGAUUGUUGUUCUUGAUUGGGUCACUCUUUGCUAGUAGAUCCAACAGACCAAUUGACUCCGUCCCAAAUAUUGAACGAAAAUAAGUUUCAGAAUCAUCGUCAUCAAACGUUUAAUGUGGUCGAUUUGUAGGUUACACUACACUGUAGUUUCAAUAAAGCUUCUGGUCAAGACAGUUUCUUGUGAAAAUUUCACAAUUGGUUGUAUACAUAAAUAUCGAGUAAAGCCUUACAACACACGGAACUUAUGGCAUCAAUUAAAAAUAUAUAACUUUGCGAUAGUUUAAGGUCGUGUUCAAGGACGUGAGGAAUUAUUCUGUACUGCUCGGAUGCCCGCAACAUUAAUAAAUACGCGCCUUUUGGUAAAGCCAAUGAUUUUUUCUUUGACAGUUUAUGAUCCAUUUCUUUACCAACCUUUGUUAAAUAGCUUGCUUAACUACUUUGAUAUAAAUAAUCUCAUUAUCUCGCUGUUAGUUUAUUGAAAAAAACAACAAUACAAUUAUAAAAAGUUGCAAAAAGUAAAUACAAAAAUGAAUAAAGAGAAACAUAUAA